UAGUCUAAGUCUACCCUGUACAAGCUCAUCUUCCAACCCUUGACGACGACGACGACGACGACCACGCUUUCGGACACGUACUUAUGAUCAAACGGACGAUGCGAGUUUAGAAGCAGCCUCUCCAAGAAACUUUCGGGCGUCUCGCUAUUGCUGUUGUCUCGCGUGGGAAAGGAAGGAGGAUUGUGGAAUGAGGGCAUUUACAACCAAGCGUUCCCUUAGACUGAACGCGUAAAAUUCCCCCCAAUACACCGCUUGUGCGUUUACGGUACUGAACUGAUAAUAAUAACACGACAGACCCACCGUACCUCGCAUGUACCGUGGGAGAGGAGUGUGAGUUACCCCGCAGCAGAAAACGAUGCCCCGUGUCUGAACUCCACUCAAAGGCUUUGAUUAAUCGGUGUCCACGUCGAAACAAACAAGCCACAGCAAGCCCUAGACAAGCCAUGAGUUCGGAAGACCUCAACGACGAUGACGUGUUCCUCUCGCCUUCUGCGGACGUGCCUGUCGGAGAGCUGAUGGGAGGGACCCACGUGGUGAACGGCUCGCGCCCCUCCUCGGGCUACUACUCGCGCCAGACCAGCGGCUACACGGCCAGCCAGGACACGCCCCCCACCUCAGCAGUUUUGCGGGUCGAAGAUGAGGCGACGGACCGCCAGCGGACCCCCAGCCCGACGGGGUACCGGGGAGCGAUGCCCCCGCCCGCCCAGGUGCCCACCCCCGAAGAGGACGACAUAAUACAUAAGACGAUCCUCUUGGGCGACUCGGGGGUAGGGAAGACUUCGCUAUUAGUCCAGUUCGACACCGGCAAGUUCCAGCCGGGUACUUUUUCAGCUACUGUUGGAAUUGGCUUCACGAUCUAUUACGAGAAGAAAGAGGAAAAAGUGUGUGCAUUGGACAUCACACUACGAGGGCUCGGGUGUUGCCAGGCGUGUGAAAAAUCCAUGCGUUUCGAGCGGAGACCAACAGGUGGGAGAGAUCACAGCCCGCCCGGUCUAAAUAUUUAA